AUGAGGUGUUCAUGGAUUCCAUCUUAUUUGAGAGAUUUCCAACUUUCUGGUUUGAUGCGGACUACUUCAAGAUUGGAGUGUGAAGAUUAUGUUUUCUCAAAAUUUCUUCACCCGGAAGCAAACUUUCUUGAUUUUAUUGUUUCUUUUGGGAAUGCUAUGGAAAAGCAAAGGCAUAAUCAAUGUUUACUUGAUCAUCAAUCUUUAACUACCAAUUCUAUAUACAAAACAUUUCUUCCAAUUAAAAUAUUCAAAGCUGAUGUUUAUACCCGUUCUAAUUUCUUUAUUGUUCAAAAUGAGAUUUUUAAUUCCAUCUGGUCUUGCUUCCACUUGUCGGUUAUUAUGGAAAAUGAAGUUGAAGUAUACUUAAUAAAAGAUAAAAAGAAGUCCCCAUGGAAAGAUGUUAAACAUAAAAGUGUUGAUGAUGGUGAAAACUAUUAUUCAGAUUAUCCAGAGUCUCUUUCUAAUCUUUCUCCUUCUACUGAUUUCAAGGAGAUUGAUAUAAUACCAUCAAAGUACAAAUUGAGGCGUUGGCGAAAAAAUAUCAUUCCUCCUGAACUCUUGAUACAGACGUUUUCAAAUUCUGGAAAAGAAAGUAAAAUGAUUCAAGAUGCAUUUGUUACUUUUGGUUCAAUUAUUAACAAAUUAGCAAAUGAGGAGCAUGGGUUGAGAAAUUUUCUAAGUAAUCUUCAAGAAUAUUUGAGUGAAGUUAAUAAAUGUGGUUCAUCAAUGUCAUCAUGUAGCAUGUAG